AUGACGCACGUUGGCAGCUUCGCCGGCAGAUCGGGUGUCGUGUGCCCGGGCCGACCGGCUCCGUUCCAGGGCCUGCCGUCCAGCCCUCGCGGCGGGAGGCCCUCCAUCAGACUGGGCGCUGGACCCAAGAAGCUGAAUACGUUUGAUGAUAGCUGGCAGAAGCGGUGGUUUGGCGCAGGCUACUUCGCAGAGGAGAAGGAUGUGAGCCCCAGCUCCAUGUACCGGAAGAUCGAGAAGAAGAAGGUCCUGUCCGGUGUCGAGAGGCUAGGGCUGCUCAGCAAGGCGGAAAAGGCGGGCCUGACCCUGACCAAGAUCGAGCAGCUGGGCCUGCUGGGCGCGGCGGAGAACCUGGGCCUCCUGAGCCUGGCUGAGCGGCUGCUGGUGUCGGACCCCGGCCUCAUCACCAGCGCAUCCAUCCCGGCCCUGGUGCUGUCCAUCCUGGCCGCCGCGCUCAUCCCCCACGACACGGCGCUGACUAGCAUCAUCAGCUACCUCAUCUCCUCGCUGAGCCUGGGCGUCGCCGCGGUCCUUUUCAUCACCGGGUUCGUGGUGAAGGGCCUGCAGGAGGAGGACGGCUGA